UUUUUGCUCCUCCCUCGCUACACUCACUCUCCACCUUUCACCACUUCCACCUGCAUGUGCCACUGGUUGAGAAAUGAGAAACUAACCAAGAUCACACCACCACUCCUCCGUCCACACCCAAAGCCCCCAAUCGAACUCGCCAGAGCUCCAGCCCCUCGCCCAUGGACGCGACGAUCGGAGAUGUGAGCGUGGCGUCGUCGGUGGAGCGGGUCUUCGAGAGCCAGCCGCCGCUGCCGGGGACAUGGGGCCAGGUGACGCUGCGGUCCAUGGCCAUCUCGGUGGUCCUCGGCACCGUGUUCGGCUUCGUCGGGCUGCGCAUCAUGAUGAAGGCCGGCAUCAUACAGGCGCUCAACCUGCCCAUCAACGUCCUCAGCUUCUUCUUCCUCAAGUGGCUCAUCAACCUCCAGCGAGCCGCCGGCUUCACCACGCUGCCCUUCUCGCGCCAGGAGAACGUCCUGAUCCUCACCACCGUCACCACCUGCCUUAACACAGCAAUAUCUGGUGGCUUUGCAAAUUAUGUAGUUGGAAUGACUUCUGGUGUAGCCAAAUCACUGGGAGAAAAUCCAGAUCCAAGAGAUAUUGUUGACAAUAUACCGACUGGACGAUGGAUGUUGUUCCUUUUCCUGAUUGGUAUGGUGGGAGUAACAGCUAGCGUGCCACUGAACCAGGUCAUGAUCGUUGACUACAUGUUACUAUUCCCAACAGGAACUGUUCAAGCUCACCUUGUUAAUAGCUUCCACACCCCUCAAGGAGCUCAUGUAGCAAAGUUGCAGGUUGCAACUAUAUUCAAAUUUUUCCUGGGUAGCUUUUCUUGGACUAUAUUUUCAUGGCUCUAUACAGCAGGCAACGACUGUGGAUUUUCUAACUUCCCAUUGUUUGGACUAGAACUAUACAAGCACAGAUUCAAAUUUGACUUUUCCCCCACAUUUGUUGGUGUUGGAAUGAUUUGUCCACAUGUGGUAAAUUUUGCAUUACUCUUUGGAGGAAUCAUAUCUUGGGGAUUGCUAUACCCUUUUCUUGAAUCAAAACAUGGGCAAUGGUAUCACACUGAUAGUGCUUCAAGUCUUACGGGAAUGAAUGGAUACAAGUCAAAAUUGGAUUUUGGGAAGCGUGUGCGCCUUAUUCGUUAG